AUGCGUCUCUUGUCCUCCCCCCACUGCCCGCACCCCACGCUGCCCGCACCCCACACUGCCCGCACCCCACGCUGCCCUCACCCCACACCCCACACUGCCCGCACCCCACGCUGCCCUCACCCCACACUGCCCGCACCCCACGCUGCCCUCACCCCACGCUGCCCGCACCCCACGCUGCCCGCACCCCACGCUGCCCGCACCCCACGCUGCCCGCACCCUACGCUGCCCGCACCCCACGCUGCCCGCACCCCACGCUGCCCUCACCCCACGCUGCCCGCACCCCACGCUGCCCGCACCCCACACUGCCCGUACCCCACGCUGCCCGCACUCCAUGCUGCCCGCACCCCACACUGCCCGUACCCCACGCUGCCCGCACUCCAUGCUGCCCGCACCCCACACUGCCCGUACCCCACGCUGCCCGCACUCCAUGCUGCCCGCACCCCACACUGCCCGUACCCCACGCUGCCCGCACUCCAUGCUGCCCGCACCACACUAUACUGUACUGCUUCUAGGUGCUAUAAUAAAUAG